AGAGCUAGAAAGGAGCCGGGACUGCGCCUGGUGAUAGCUGGAGACCCCGGGCGAGGCUUGGGGAGGGAACAGCGUGCUGGGGGCGUGGCCUCUUACGGGGCGUGGCUUCCAGUCGGGGCGGGGCCAGCCUGCGGGCCCAGACGUGGCGCAGAGGUCGGGUGGUUCGCCUCCAGCUCGCGGAUCAUCUCCGGCCGGAUCCUGAUGAAUCUCCUGCUACCCCCCACUUCGCGGCGCUUGGGGGCCCCAGCCACCGCCGUCACCACAUACCGGCCGAACUGGGACCGUCUGCGCGGCCUGGCCCGAGCCCGGGUAGAGGUGAGUGCACUGUCCCCCGCCCCGGCACUACCUCCCUCCAACCUUUCCACCCGGUCGUCUUGGGCCUGCCUGCCCCGACCCCAAGACCACUCUGACCCCCGAGCCCUCUCCCUUCCCUCCACCAGGACCAUCCCUCCCGCUUCCUUGCCCCAGGAUGCCCCAGCAUUCACUGUGGAAGCUUUGUGGCCUGGAAUUCGGAACCAUUCCCCCAGCCCCCAUCCGGCCAGACAGCAGGCCCCUAGACGAAUUGGCCCUGCCCUUAACUCUUCUCCUGGCCUAAGACUCCCACAUCUGCUCCACGGAGCCCAACUUCCCCUCCUCCAUCACUCCACUUUUUUAUGGAAUUUCUCUCCCUCACCACUUCUAGGGCUUGGGACUCCAGAGAGUCUCUCUUCUUUCUGCUGGGGGAGGGAAGACUUUCUAAGCGCUUCCCCCCAUCCUGCAGGAGCCAAGGAAGGAGGCUGGGACCUGGGUUGCCACACUCGGGCCGCGGUCUUCCCACCUAAAAAUCCCCCCUGGAGUCCGCAUCUGGGUCUGGGACUUGGACUGCGGAAAGGGCUGAACCGCCUAAAGGAGGUGAAGGCCUUCGUCACCCAGGACAUUCCAUUGUACCACAACCUGGUGAUGAAACACCUCCCUGGGGCCGACCCUGAACUCGUGCUGCUGGGCCACCGCUAUGAGGAACUGGAGCGCAUCCCUCUGAGUGACAUGACCCGUGAGGAGAUAAACGCGCUGAUGCAAGAGCUCGGCUUCUACCGCAAGUCGGCGCCCGACGCACGUGUGCCCCCGGAGUACGAGAGGGCUCCUGCUAAGGCCCCUGAUGGGACUUCGGACCGCGCCGACCUGUAGGUCCAGGAGCACUGCAGAGCUGGAGCAACCCUGCCUGAGUCCCGGAGACCGAAUGAAGCGCUCAGCAUCCCGGGAGCACCUCCCUUGCUGGGGGCCGAUGUGCUGUCCCCGGAGCCAGCAGG